UUGUUCUCAGUUUCCUGCUCACUCUCUGCAGUGCCAGAAUCCUUUCAUGAUGUGAACUUGCUCACAUUAUAACGAAUUCUAUAUUGUCAAAAUUCAGCAAGUACAGCAAGUGGAAGACUACGCUGCCAGACCUGCUGAGUUCCACCAACAAGUUCCCAGGUGCGGAUGGGGUCUAUCCCAGGUUAUUGAGGGAAGCGGGUGUUGAAAUAGCUGGGACUUUGACAGACUCCCAUUUGGGGAAGAUUGUAAGUGGAACUGAAUAUUUCAGCCUCAGACAAUGAAUACAUUUGUUGCUCUCAGUCUGCUGCUCACUGCCACUGGUGCUGCUGCCCUGACAAAAUGUGAAGUUUCCUCCAUUUUCAAUGAUCAAGGACUCAAUGGAUAUUUAGGAUAUGAACUGGGUCACUGGGUGUGCAUCGCCCGAUUCGCAAGUGAAUAUGACCCAAGCAGAGCACUUCGUCGUGAAAGCCAAGACAACAGGCCUGCAAUAUCAGCAUUUGGAAUCUUUCAAGUCAAUAGUCAUUGGUGUGCAGACCCCAAUUUUCCAGGUGCUGCACGUUUGUGCAGAGUAGACUGUGAAGAUUUAGUAAAUGAUGGUGCAGACUUAAGAAACAACAUCGCUUGUGGUGCAGUGGCUGUUCGUAUUCACGGAAUGAGGGCCUGGCAUUUCUGGAUUCAUGAGUGUGAUGGGAACGUCCAACAAUACUAUGAAGGUUGCGUGCUGAACAAGUUUGGAAUCUGAUCAAACCUGGUCUGAUCUCUUGAUCAAACCUGCCUCGUUGACACGUUGUAGCAUGGAAUACCGUCUGUUUCAUAGCUGCGUGUCAUUAAUGUGCUUCAGAACCCAGUAAAGAAAGUUCAUUCAAAUAAACACAAGCAAAUAUCAAAAUUCACGUCAUUCCAUUAAACAAUGGAGAUAAUUUUGGUGGUGAGAAUUUUAAGUUGGAAUGAAAUGUUGUUUCGAUAUGGGAAGAGACAUUGAGGUGACUUGAGAAAUCAGAGAAAAUGCAUGAUGCCAACAAAAUGGGCAGAUGUAGGACAAAUAGUUUAUUUUUAUCAACACUGUCUUUUCCUGUUGAAGACUUCAAUGAAAUAGUUCCCUAACUUUCUAAAUUCUGGAUAAAACUUGCCUAAUCUGUACAAGUUCUCCUUCUAACAUAACCCCUGAUUCUCAUUCUUGUAAAUUACCUUGUACUCCCCUCCAAGGCCAAUAUAUCCUUCCUGAAGUGUGCUGCCCAGAUCUGCUCUCAGUGCAUCGAGUGAGCUCUAACCUGGGGUGUGUUUAACUGGAGUGUAUCUUCUCCAUCCUUGUUCUCCAGUCUGCUCAAUAUAUUGGGAAGCAGUCCAUUAGCUUCCUGGAUUAUUCCCUGUACCUGUUUGUGACACAUUAAAGAUCUGUGCUCCUGAACCCCCAAGUCUCUUUGGAUAUUCACUGCAUUUAGCUUCAUCCCAUCUAGAAGGGAGCCUGAUCAAUUUGUUUUGGUCCAAAAUAGCUAACUUUAUGUUUGUUUGAAUUAAUCUCCAUCUACCACAGCUUUGUCCA